AUGGCGGACUGUGUCUCUAAGGUGGAGCUGACCGUUUCCUGCGCCAACCUGCUGGACAAAGAUGUCGGAUCAAAGUCAGAUCCUCUCUGUGUUCUGCUGCAGAGCUCAGGAGGAGACAAAUGGACAGAGCUGGCUCGUACUGAACGUGUGAAGAACUGCUCCAGCCCGUCGUUCAGUCAGCGCCUCAGGUUGGAUUAUAAAUUUGAGACGGUCCAGAAUCUGAAGCUGGGGGUCUAUGACAUCGAUAACAAGUCCCCCGACCUCAAGGAUGAUGACUACCUGGGAGGGGUGGAGCUAACGCUGGGACAGAUAGUUUCCAGUAAAACUAUUACCAGACCUCUCCAGCUGAAGAAAGACAAGCCUGCAGGGAAAGGAACCAUCACAGUCUCUGCAGAGGAGAUAAAAGACAAAAGAGCCAUUGUGUUGGAGCUGGAAGCUAAAAAGCUUGAUAAAAAGGAUACAUUCGGGAAAUCUGAUCCAUUCCUGGAGUUUUUUAAACAAGGAGCUGACGGGAAGUGGCAGCUGGUCCACAGAACUGAAGUGGUGAAGAACAAUCUGAACCCCACCUGGAAGAAGUUCACCGUUCCUCUGCAGACGUUCUGCUCCAGCGACCUUGAAAAGCCCCUGAAGGUGGAUUGUUCUGAUUACGACAGCGACGGCACUCACGAYCUGAUCGGCACUUUCACCACGAAAGUGUCCGAGCUGCAGAAAGCUGGGAGCGGCUCACCGGUGGAGUUCGAAUGCAUCCACCCUAAUAAACAGAAGAAGAAAUCCUACAAGAACUCAGGGGUUGUUUCUGUGAAGAGCUGUACGUUGGAGACUCAGUACAGCUUCCUGGACUAUGUGAUGGGGGGCUGCCAGAUCAACUUCACUGUUGGCAUCGACUUCACCGGCUCAAACGGUGACCCGCGCUCGCCCAACUCUCUCCACUACAUGAGUCCUGACGGGCUGAACCAGUACCUGUCUGCGCUGUGGUCCGUGGGCCAGGUGGUCCAGGAUUAUGACACGUUAAAAUUGUAUCAAAAUUUGGGUUUUCUUUUGGGCCAAAAUGUGGUUGAAACUUUUGGUUCCUGUUCUCUCUGUCCUUAUUUUUUGUCUCAAAUAUUUAUCAGCUCAAACCAAAGCAGAACAUUUUGUGUCUCAGGCAUUCAGGGGAUUGUGGAAGCCUACAGGAUGGUUUUGCCUCAGGUCAGACUCUCUGGACCCACAAACUUCUCUCCCAUCAUCGACCAUGUUGGUUCCAUUGCCUACAGUGCCAGUCAGACCAACGCAGCCUCCCAAUACUUCGUCCUCCUCAUCCUCACCGACGGGGAGAUCACAGAUUUCGAUCAGACCCGAGACGCCAUAGUCCGAGCAUCGAGGCUGCCCCUGUCCAUCAUUAUCGUGGGGGUGGGGCCGGCUGAUUUUAAGGCCAUGGAGCUUCUGGAUGGAGACGAUGGCACACUCAGGUCCACCGUGGGAGAAGCUGUUGCCAGAGACAUUGUCCAGUUUGUCCCCUUCAGAAAUUUCAAAGAUGCUCCCAUGUCGGCUCUGGCCCAGUCUGUCCUCGCUGAGGUCCCCGGCCAGGUGCUGUCCUACUUCAAAAUGAGAGGCCUGGAACCGAUGAAACAACAAGCUGCUCCCAAACCCUAAWCACUUCGCUGCAGCGCCCACGCUGUUCAGCCCCACAUUCCCCAAAUCCACCAUCGCCCCCACCCCGUCGCAUUCCACACAACGCUCCGGCCUGAGGGGGGGCUGCAACCUACAUACUCAACAAGGACCUGCAUGAUCUGUAAACACUCAGCACUUCCUAAUAUUAAUGCCAAAAAGAAAUAUUCCUUCUUUUCUUUCAGGUUUUAUAACUGCUUCCUUUUCAGUUUUUCAAUAAUARUUUAGAUUUAGACUUCUGCUGCUUUUGAACUAUGCAAAUCACACAUUUUCUGCCUCCACAUCCCAGCUCAGUAGCAGAUUGAACAGUCAUCUCUUAGCAGGACUGCAGUGGUUCCUAUUCCCUUAUAUACCAUCUCUCUGUGUGGUUUAUUUUUACCUUUAUUGAUUUGGUGCCAAUACUUUGCACUUUUAUUACAUAUAAAAUGCUGGAAAAAAAUAAUAUCUUGAAAUAUAUACACAAAUAUAUAUACAUAGCUUUAUGCUCCAAGCCUUAUUGACUUCACCACUGCCUUACUUUAGAUURCACCGCAGCUUUUCUGAUGCUUCUCAGCCACUUUAUCUUGAAUGUGUAAUUACUGCUGUUACUGGUUGUGGAUGUUGCCACUUUUGUGUCAGUAUUGCUUUCAGGUCAACCAGCUCAGCAGGACUUURCAUUUUUACUAAGUUUAGUUUGAAUUCUCCAUUUGUGGUGUUACAUUAAGGUGUUUCUGUGUUUUGAGCUCAACUUGUCAACAUUCAGGGGCUGAAAGAUGUGGUCACAUUUUAGAUAUUAAUAACUUGAUGAUUCUACUCUUUAAAACUGCAAUGAYCUGAACACAUAAGUAUACAGUUGAAAAUCAUGCUUAUAAAAGUGUCAAAACCACAUUUAUGUAUUUAAACUACRCAGCUAUCCACACUUAGUACUGUAACCUCUUUAACUUGCUUAYAAUCACUAGUUUUGUGCCUUUUGUUUCAGGGAGAGUGAUGCAACAAAUCUUUAAUGUUGAAGUUAAUCAUGACCAAAAAAAAGUGCUGAAAAAUUUUAUAUAUCUGUUUAAAACCACUUCAGAUCAACACGAUUGCCACUUUUUUUUAAUUUAUUUUUUUUUUUUUUAACAUUCUGGACCUUUUGAUAUUAUUUUUACCAUUAGUUUUUUUCUAUUAUUAUUUUGUUUGGGAUCAGUUUAAAUGUUAUUUUGUUCUAAGAUGUCACAUUUACCACUUGUGCUUUUUGCUAAAAGAACUGAAAAUAGUUUUUUUAAAUUGUUUCAAUACAAUUGUCGUAAAAAUAGACCUAUUCCUGAUCACUUCAAAUCAAUAAUUUGUUGUUUUUCAGCUUAAAAAACAGCUUUGUGGACCUUAAAUCCAGAUUAUUCCAUAUAUUUUUGCCGAGCUACAGUAUAUUUUCAUAAACUUUUGUCAAGUUGCUUCCUCGUUGCUUGUUUUUCCACUUUUGUUAAACUAUUCUUUAGGGGAAAAUUUAGUUUUUUUUUAUACACUAUAGGCGCCUUAAAUGUUAUAAAUGCCCUUUAAAAAUCAGAAUAAGUUGUGUUUUCACUGUAACCUAUCUACAUGCCACAUGAUGUAACCUCAACAUGUCCUAUUACACAUGAUUAGGUUAAAAGUUGGAAUUCCACUGAAGUAAGAUAAUUAUGGGAGAUUAAAAAAAGCAACAGAUGGAAGGAGGAAGAUUCUGUUUUGUGCUCAUCAGCAGGUCACUUUUAUUUGUGGGUUAGAAAUAACCUGUAUGUUUACAUGUUUAGCAUCAUGUGAAAAACGUACUGAGCAGUUUGACAUCUCUGUGCUGAAUGUUAGAAUCAAUAAAGCAACUUUUGGGAAACUAA